UUUAUGAUGGCUCUUACGUGCAGGCAAUUGGUCUGGAAGUGCAGAAUGGAUAUGGUUUAACAGAAACAACACCUUGCAUUGCUGGUCGACAACCUUAUUAUAAUGUUUUCCGUCGACCUGACCAUUGGGCCAAUGAAUUUGGUGCUGUAAGAUUGCAACAAGAGUCUGUCGAUGAUCAAUGGGUCAAUGAAUUAUCAAAAUUGCAUGUUGAUGACUGGGCAGAAGAAUUUGGUCGUCAAGUUGGUUCCUCAGCGGUCGGACGGUUCAAGGGGUGUCUAUGUAUUUUCUGAUAUGAAUCCAUAUGUUGGUCAUCAAAAUCCUUUAAAAGAAGGUCAAGAGCUAUUCAGAAAAGGACUUUUGAGAGAAGCAGUGCUUGCACUAGAGGCUGAAGUUAUGAAAAAUCCUGAGAAUGCUGAAGGUUGGAGAUUGCUAGGAAUAACCCAUGCUGAAAAUGAUGAUGACCGGCAGAUGACUACAGCGAAGACAUUCCCAUUGAAGGCGAGUGAAGGCGAGGAUGAUCUAGAAGAUGAUGCAGAAUCGAAAAAUGAAAACCGGUCCUCAUGAAUGUGAAUAAUGUUUUCUAUCAACCAAGAGGUUUAUUAGUGCAAAAGAUUGAUGGCAAUAUCUUGCUAUGCUAUGAGGCUUUACUUAUUUGAGAAGUUGGCAACUCGGUUUAAUGGCCCACACUUUUCCAACUUUCAUCAGCAGCGGAGAGCACCUAUUCAGGUUGUGGGCUUUUGUUGUGGUUUCUUUCUUUCUUUCUAAAAUAAUGUAUAAACAUCAAAUAUUGUAUCAACCCGAAUCAAAUGGCUAAUUGCGUACCGUUAGUUUUCUUUUCCUCUCCAACUGCCCCCAAUAUCUAAUCCCUAAACUAACAGCUAAUUUCUAAAUCUCUAACCCUAACAAAAUAACUUUGCCUUCUCCAAUCCAACACCCACCGGCAACCACCAUCUUCGUUCACCAGUCAGGCAGUCACCACCGGUCCACCAUCAUCGUUCAUCAGUCAUGUAGUCACCAUCGGUCCACCCGUCACCACCCGUCAAUCUCUUUCAAGUAAAAGCAAAAUUAAAUUUGUAUUCCUUUUUCUUUUUUCAAGAAAGAGCAAACCCGUUACUACUCAACCAUAACUCAGUAGCAUUUUUGGCAUGGUUUUAUUCAGCGCAGCCGGCUAAUGAACUAGAACAAGAUCUUUCUGUGUCGGUCAUUUUGCUAUCUAAUUUGACUGGAAUCACAAGCAUAUGAGAAUGAAUGAAGCAAUGAAUACUUCAGAGAUUGGAGUUCAAAAGCCUGAUUCUGCCGGUGCAGAACUGAAGUGGAAUUGGCGGUGAAAAAAGAAGUAGGAAGUUACAAUGAUGGCUUUCGGCUUACCGUUUUCCUGAAAUCUGACAUCUACAUCUACCCCCAUUUGUUAAGUAUCUCUUCAAUCUACAUCUAACCCCAUUUAUUUUCCGUUUCUCUCUAUCUCUCUCGAUCUCCCUCUUUUGUUUUCUUUUUCUUCCGCUUUUCUUCUGCUUUCAUAACAAAUCUUCAAAUAUUAAUGAAUUUGGCUUACUGUUUCCCUCUUUUUCUGUUUUCCUCUUUUGUAUAUAUUAAUGAAUUCGGGUCUUCCUGGCAUUCUAGAUGAUAGUUUAUUCUUAAUGGAACUUUGGAUAUGUGGUAAAUAUUUUCGUUUUUGGGAGUAAAUUUUGGUACCGAAAUUGCAUAUUAGUCCAACAUCUUCUGUGUAUUCAAUUGAAUGUGUUUCUGUCUUUUAAGGAUAUUGCUUAUUGAUUCCUCAAUGAAGAUAUCUUUCAGUCACUGCAUUAGAGAUGGAGAUUUGAUUAUUGCAUAUGGGAGGCAUGAUACUAUGAAAGCUGUUAAAGUGUGCGAGAAUUCAGUUCUUCAAAAUCGUUUCGGUGUAUUUAAACAUUCAGAUUGGAUCGGUAAGCCAUUUGGUUCUAUAAUUUUCAGCAACAGAGGUGGAUUCGUUUACCUAUUGGCUCUGACACCGGAGUUAUGGACUUUGGUUCUAAGUCAUAGGACUCAGAUUCUUUAUAUUGCGGAUAUUAGCUUUGUGAUUAUGUACUGUGGCUCGAACGGGACAUGUGUAUACCUUUUGAUUUCCAUGAACAGAGGGCUGCCUGAGCUAGAUAUAUGGACAUUUGAAAUACUGCUCCGCAUGUAUGCAAUCCGUGAAUGGAAAAUGGAUCACUCUAAGCUUUUGUGUAACCACGUGCCAACAAAACACACUUGCUACAGCAGGAUAUUGAAAUCCCACCCUUCAUCGGAUUGUAAUUUCAGAUUUACUGUGAACCCACUGCCUCGAAUAAGACAGCACAAUGGGGAAAUAGUGAGGGGUGCUUGGAGGACAAAGAGCCGACAGCUGUGGGAAAUGGUUGUGUGCAUAUAUGGUUUUCCAACCAAUGUAUCUGCUCUUCAGUUUGAGUGGGCCUGGCAGCAUCCUCAAGAAUCAGCGGCUGUGAGGCAAGCAGCUGCAACCUUUAAAUCUUUCUCUGGUGUCACCAAUAAGAUAAAACUUGCAUAUAUGAUGCUCGUCCUCCCUGCCUGGCAGAGCUUGAACAUCACGGUAAACUACUUCUCAACCAAAUACACAAAUCAUUCUGCUAGUUGCCCAAGCUUGCCUGAGCAGAUGAAAGUUAAAGUUUCACCAAUGGAUGAGCUCCCCUUCUAUACUGAACCAAAUGAGUUUGAAUGCAAAGAUGAUUGUGAUAACUUGGAUGAAUAUGACGAAGUCAGUGGUACAUGUGAAACUGUUCCAGAAACAUAUCCAAAUGAAGUGGUUAUUGUUUCUGCAGAUAAUUUGCAUAGCAUCAUUCAUGAGGCUUGUCAUGAACAAUCUGAACACAUUGAAGAAUAUGGGACAAGAAAACCAGGGAAGUCAUCCGAUCUUGGAGUAGGCAAUGUAGAGUCACUAGUUUUCUUUCAUCCCCCUCCUAACAAGGCAACCUCAAUUGCUACUGGCCUCGCCAUGGUAAAUGCUGCUGGAUGUGCAGAUAUGAGCAUUGCUGGUAAGGAGUCUUUGAGGGGCAUGCGGUUUAAAUAUACUGUGGAAGCUGAUGAAGAUCCACAACCAUCGGUAAAAGAGAAACCACCAACUACUGUCGAGGAAUAUGAAAAGCUAGGGGACACUUGCACUUUUGGAGUAUAUCACAGGCAGCCAUUCGAUGUCAUUUGUUCACCAGUACGAGCAUUACUGAGAAGGAAUGUUGGAUUCAGAAGCAACUUUCAGCUUUUGUAGCGGCCAGUGGAGAUCAACAGUCAUGGAGAAAAGGGAAACCAUUGAGCACUGAAGUUGCAGUUUUGAAAGAUCAUGUCCCUAGUUUUGAUGUCACUCGUGAACCUGAGGUUAUAGAUUUAUUAACCCCCAGCUAUAGAGUCAGGCCAUGCACCAAGAAAAGAAGAAUUUCCAAGUUUUCUCCUGAGAUCAUAGAUCUCACUUGAGCUUUGUGGUCUUUUUUUGUUAUUUGAGAUAUUUCUUUAGAGCCCUUGUUUUAUUUAAAAAUAUAAAUGAUAUAGAAUAUAAUAUAAAUGAAAUGGAAUUACUGAUAAAA